CAUGGAAAAGUUGUUGUGUAAAGCCCUAGGUGUGCUGCUAACUCGACGGGGCCAACUCGCUAAUUUAUCUCUUCUGAACCUCUUCGAACAGAACUUUGUUAAGAGCUGCCGUAAUUCUUCGGUAAUUGAAGAGGAAACAACCGGAAACGAAAAUGAAAAUCCUGUUUGGAAUUCGAAAAUUUUUGUCAUUCCCAUAGUGUUUGGAUUAAUUGUAUUAAUUGGAGCAAUUGGUAAUGUUCUCGUAUUUGUUGCGGUGUGGAAGAGAGCCCUUAGAACCACGACCAACUUUUUUAUUGUUAAUUUAGCAGUUGCUGAUCUGCUUUUCCUCUUAUUCUGUGCACCUUUUCAUGCAGUCAUCUAUACGGACCAGGCGUGGUUCUUUGGCGAAAUUGCUUGUAAAUUGGUCCAUUUACUCCAAUACUCUUCCAUGCUUGCCAGUGCUUGGACAUUGGUGGCAAUGUCAGCAGAUAGAUAUUUCUCAUUGAUGAAACGUUUUAAAGUGAUAUACGAUAUUAGCCGUUCUAACGCCGCAUCCUUUAUCAAUUAA